AUGUCCGAUUCUGAUAAUGUUCGCUCUAAACGUCUUGCUAAACUUGGUAAAAGUAAUAGCAAUCAUUUGUCUCAUGAUCGACUCGAUACAGAUGUAAAAACGGACAAAACCACCCUAGAACCAAAGCGGCAAAAAUCAGAUUCCAGUGAAACAAAAAUGACUGUAAGCAAUCAGAAUUCAGCAAAAGACAACCAGUCUCAUUCAAGAGAGAGAGCAGAUAUCAAUGUGUGGGUUGGACAUCACUUGGAAAGUAUUUUGAAGGCCACGCUUUCCAAUGAUGAACGAAAGACAAGAGAUUACUUUGCAUUACAGACCAGUCUGGGAGAAGAUGAAGAUUUAAAUAUAGGUGCCAAUCUAACAUACGAUCUGAUUGACCCAGCUUUGUUGGAGGUUUUAACUGAGCAGGGCACGUCCAGAUUCUACAGAUCGCCGAUGGAUUAUCUAUUUGAUACAUGGCAGAAAGCUGGGGUUGAAAAACGGUUUAUCCGUUCGGACGAUUCGCUUGCUUCUGAAAAAAUGAGGGUCUUAAAUGAAGUUUUACGUCUUAGUUCCUCAUAUGCAUCUAUUAUGUUCCAGGUUCCCGAUAUGUUUGCAGAUGAGGUUAAAACAACAGACCUCAUAGAAGUAUUCUGGAAAAAUAUUGACAAGUAUGAGCUAUUUUUAAUCGAUAUAAUCGACCGAGCAGUUGAGAAUGAUACCAUUUUGGAAUUGCUGAAUGCUGUCAUCACUCCAUUAACUUUAAAAUUGCAAUCACUGGAAUACAACGGUGACAUCGAUUAUAUGAAGAUCUUAUCCGUCAUACAAUUAUUUUUGAGUAAUAGGGCUGUGGCAUCUACGUUUUAUAAAAUGGAUGAGUUUCAUCCAGCCAAUCUUAAAGGUGCGGACUUUGAAAACAAAACGUUGUUGGGUCGAAUUCUUAGAAUAUCGCCUUUGCUUCCAGCAAUGGCAACAGCAAAUUAUUCCGAUCUAUCAAGUAAGCCAUUAAUUAUGAAGACACAUGGAUCAAUUCAGGCUGAGUAUGAUAUUUUGAUUGCACGACUUUUUAGUAUAUGCGACCGUCUAGUUAGAAGUGGCAAGGAUUCAAGGUCAGCAUUUUUGAAGUGGCUCGCCGAUGUGGUCAAUACUAAUCAUCUAAGAAGAGGAGAACAAGCAGAUCCUAAGAAAAUUGCCUCAGAUGCUUUGAUGCUUAAUUUAACUUUGAUUCUUGUGAAAUUUUCGCAGCCAUUCUUGAACUUUUUAAAUAAUAAGAAGAUCAACAAGAUUGCUAUGGAUUAUCUUGACCACAACAACAAGCUAUUAGAUUUAUCUGAAGAGACAAAAAUCAAUGCCACCAUUGAGGAAUACAAUAAUUAUUAUAAAAAGGAGCAAACAGUUGAAUCACCAUUGAACUUUAUAUCAGAGUGCUUUUAUUUAUUGCUCACGUACAUUCAUUAUGGCUUAGGUGGUUUGUUUAUUAGUGCAGAUAGAACAUCUAAUAUUAUUAAACAAUUGUCACAGCAAUUGAAGAAAUUUGAUGAACUAGUUGCUCAGAGAAAUGCUUCUAUGAAUAAUCCAAUGAUGAAAAUGCUUUACAACACCAAGGUUAAGCCCCUUAAAUUAGAGCUGCAAAAGUGCAAGGCACAAAAACUAUCGCUUCAGAUGUUUUUUCUGCAUAGAAAUAUGCAGUUAGACGUUUUUGAGAUAAUAAUUGGUUGUAUAACGUUUUUUAUGAAAUUGAUUGACCCAACCCAUAAAUAUCCGGAUACUCAAACCAAAAUUCCGCUUCAUGAUUAUGAAGAUGAUACCGAAAAGAUGGAAGAUGUUGAGUACACGAGGAAACUUGCGCCUGUUCCCUUCAGGUUCUAUCCAGAAAUGUUUUUAGAAGGAAUAAUCAAUUAUUGCCAUUACAUUUCUAGAUUUAACAACAAUCCAAUGUUUCGUAAUGAUGCAAAGUUAGAAAGACUUGUUGAGUUUGCUGUCUUAAUUUUAAGAUGUCCGGAACUUGUUAGUAAUCCUCACUUGAAGGCAAGAUUAGUGGAAGUUCUAUUCUUUGGCUCUCUUCCUCUUCGUAAUGGUACGGAUGGUUACAUGAUCUCCAUUUUCACCGAUAACAAGAUAGUGAAAGAAAAUUUGAUGUUCUGUCUUUUGGACUUUUACGUGAUGGUUGAGAAGACGGGCGCUUCAUCACAAUUCUAUGAUAAGUUUAACUCCAGAUAUCACAUAUCUUAUAUUUUGGAGAAGCUCUGGAAGUUUGAUUAUUUCAAAAAGAGUCUUAAGUUGAUUUCUGAGGAAAUGCCCCGUGUUUUCAUUCGUCUGAUUGCAAGAAUGUUGAACGAUACAACAUAUUUACUGGACGAAUCACUAAAUCAUUUACACACUAUUGGUGCUUGUCAACGGGAGAUUGAAGCCAGAAGUAAAGGUAAGCCAGCUGAAAUGCCGGAUAGUGAUAAGGAUCUUCAGACAAAGCUCGGCGAGAGUGAAAGAAUGGCUAAAUCAUUUGUUCAACUCUCAAACAAGACGGUUCUUUUAUUUGAUUUGUUUACUCAAGAGACACCACGCUCAUUUGUCAUUGUUGAGCUUGUUGACAGACUUGCCGGUAUGCUUGAUUACAAUAUCGUGGCACUUGUCGGACCAAAAUAUAACGAGUUGAAAGUGAAAAAUCCGGAAGAGUACCGAUUUGAUCCAGGAGAAUUGCUUUUCAGAUUAUGUUCCAUCUUCAUAAAUCUUUCUAUGGAAAAUGAAUUUGUGGAUGCGGUUGCAAGAGAUGAACGGUCAUUUCGGCCAGAGUGCUUUAAAAAAGCAAUAAACAUCUUGUAUAGAGUUGGUAAGGUUCCAAAUCAGGAGUUUGUGAAUAAGUUGUUAACCUUUUCGAAGAGAGCUUCUGAUAAAAAGGCUGAGGAAGAGGAAGAAGAGAGUGAAUUGGGUGAGAUUCCUGAUGAGUUUUUGGAUCCAUUGAUGUUUACACUCAUGAAAGAUCCGGUGAAAUUACCUCAUUCGAAGGUUUCAAUUGAUAGAUCUGUCAUUAAGGCACAUUUGAUGAAUGAUCCAACAGAUCCCUUCAACAGGACCCCACUCAAGAUUGAAGAUGUGAAAGAGGAUGAAGAGCUGCGCUCCAAAAUACAGGCAUGGAUUAAGAAAAGAAAGCAAGCCAUCAGGCAAGAAAAGGAGAAAAAAAGACUAGACGAACAACCUAAGGAAAAUAAUUCUGAGGAUGCUAAUGGUGAUGUGAACAUGAGCGUCUAA